GCACACACACAUACAUAUAUAUAUAUAUAUAUAUAUAUAUAUAUAUACACAACCGCACGUUGUCAUGUCUAGAGUUUUGAUGCCCAAAACGACCAGUUCGUCUUCGUCGACGGAAUUGUGUAAUAAAACCGCUCAACAGAAAAGCAAGGGAACUUUUAGUAAUUUUAAUACAGAUGCCACGCCCACCUACAAAGGUGAUAGUAAUCAAAGCUCAAUAUCGGGAUCUCAUUGCUCCUUAUUGGAUUUUGAGGAUAUCACUAGUAACAGUAGCAUAUUAGAGUUUCUAAAACAAGAGCAAAAUUGCUAUGAAAAUGGUGCCUCAUCGAAUGUAAACAAUGAUCAUGACAGUGAAGCGGAUGCCGACAGUAUUUUUCAGGAAAUUAGUCGUCUGGCGGAUAAUUCAGACACGCGCAGCGUUGAUGAAUUGCUACGUGAAGCUGAAUUAUUGUUAAAACAUCAAAACGUGUUAGAAAAGAAACACAGCUCCCAUACGUCAUUCAUCCAAAGCAGUUUUACGUUAGAAAGUUCUGCAGUCAAAGUAAAAAGUAAAAGCUUCCAAACUCCCAAAACUGAGAAGAUGGUACUAUCUAACGGCAACAAGAACACUUCGUAUUCGUCUUCUGCUACUACAGUUGUCGCUACGCCCGAUUCAGAUACAUUGACCAGCACUGUAGCAAAUGAAGAAUGCAAAUUUAAUCAUUUCGCUGAUAAUGUACCCACUGAAUCUCUUAUAUCACAAGAGAGUGCUCCGCAGGUAUUCAAUUGCAAUAACACCGUAAUUAGUGCCAAUAAUACAAGUAAAGAUAUUGAUACGCAACAGCAAUUGAAUGGUGAAGAGCCCGACGAGGGCACCGAUACGAUUGAGGAACUUACCGAAGCAAUGGAGACGAUUGAACUUGAAAUUAUACAAAAUGAAGAAGACUCUCUUAUUGAACCGCCUGACAAUUGUUUUGUAAAUAAUUCAUUGCCAGAGAAUGAAUUGAAUAAAAAUGCUACAACUUCUUUCUCAUCCAUGAUAUCGUAUACUACUGUGUGCACUGCUGCCGUAAUGCAACCGCAAUUGCAACAACCAUCGUUGCCGGGAAUGACGACGCAAUGCAAUCAAAGCCUUUAUGAGUACACACUCGGCCGGCGAUCAAGCGAUGAAGUUGUGACAACAAGUGCAUUCGCUACACCACCGCAAAUGCAAGGUAGUGCCACAAGUUUAUCCGCUAGUCCACUAAGGCGUCUGCAGCCGGGUGAUCGUCGCAACUCCGUAUACUUGGGACCACGAUCAUCAAUGACUACACCUGAUAGUGGUAUUAGCAGUCAAACGCAUGUUACAACCACGUCGUCACGUAGCUCUAGUCCGAUAGUGAAAUCUGUCGGGGUUAGUACGCUGUUGCAUACGUGCUGUGACAAAUCGUCCAAUUCUUCGCCCCGUCAUUUUGUAUCUACCCUUACCUCACCCAUCGAUACGCAAUCAAGUCUGACGUCUGUAACACGUGAACAUGCUCUCAAACAGGAAAUCGAGCAAUUGCAAGAACGCCUCAAAGACACCGAAGAACGUUUAGAAUCAUUUCGUAUACAACAUGAUACGCUCUCGCAAUUGCAUCGAAAACUGCGCGAGAGCAACACUCAGUUACAAGACGAAUCAGAAAUGUUAAAAUUGGAUGUACAGCAUCUAAACGAAUGUGCAAAUGUUUUACGUGCCGAAUUGCAAUCGGCUCGUAACGAUCGUGACGAAGCACUAGAAUUGCAGAAUAUAUUAAAAACCGAAUUAGAAGAGACAAGAAAUGAAAAGAAGAGAGCCCAAGAGCAAAAGGAAAAGGACGCCAAAACAAUACAAGAUCUUCAAAGGCAAUGUCGAGAAAUGGAAAGAAUUUUAAUGCGUAAACAUCCGGAUUCAGUUUCGGCUUUAAUAGUCGCUUCUAAAGCCACUAAUAUUCGCGCAAAUAAUGAUCAGGAAAAUUUAAGCAGCCGCAAAUUAUUGGAGCAACGCAUCGCCCAAUUAGAAGCUGACGCAAAAGAACAAGAUACGAAAGCCCAACAAAUAUUAGCUAACGUUCAGGCACGUUUCAAUUCGGUGCAAGCGAAAUAUGAAACUCAUAUAGCGGAUCUCGAAACCCAAGUUUUAAGCCUUCAAGAAAUCAAUACUAAGCUUAAUGAGAAAAUUGAGUCACAAGUUCGGACCUUGGAUUAUUUUGUCUCAAAAAAGGCUGAACGUUUCUAUAAUAAUUGCACUCAAACGGAGGAGUCAUAUACUUGCACACUAGCAUUGCCCUCGAAUCCGUUGCCGCAACUGCAACCAGCACUAAAAAGUGGCCCAUUUACUAAACCCGCUAAAAAGGUUGCACUUAAAACAAUUAGCACUCAAACGUUGGCUUCAACACGUGAAUGCAGCACAAACACCAUUGGAACGUCAAGUCAGCAUUCGGCUAAUUCGAGUACAAGUAGCACUGCUAAUUCUACACCCAACAAUUCCCGCCCCAAUUCUAAGCAGAGUGGCUUACGUAAACCGGUGACUACUAGUGGAACAUCAAAACUGCCAGUUUCACAAUCGGACGCAAAUAUAUCGUCGAACGCUUUGCAGGCCGCCAUUCAUGCCAAAGAAGAUGCCCAUUUAUUGGCGACUAUACGUGGCAUGCGUAUCGAUUUGGCCAUUAAAAGUAAAGCUUUGCAAAGAUUAACCCGUGAACUGGAUGACUGUAAAAGGACUAUCAAAAAGUUGCAAAAGGAAAAAGAUGGUUCGAAAUGUGACAAACCUUAUAGCACUGCCAGUACAAGCGUGAAUAUAUUACGGCAACAACAAGGAGCAUUGGUGCCGGCCACUACGGAAGGACAAGCUUUGAAAGAAGCGCAAAACAGAUAUAAGUUAUUGCAGGCCGAUUAUCGAACAUUACACGAAAAACGUUUACAAGAUUUGAAAACGUUACAAACUGCCCAUGAACGUGAAUUGGCCAGUUGUCAUGAGACUGUACGCAUAUUGCAGCAACGUCUCAACGAGCGUGAUGAACACAUUGCUUUGCAGAAACGUCGUAAAUUACCAGUUGAUUACUACGCGCUAAAAGCCAAGGUUACGUCGUUGGAAAGGCGUCAUACUGAACGAGAGGAACGCCUGCAUAUGUUGGUAGAGGCCUUAAGCAAGGGACGUCUCAAUAGUGCACUUGACGAUCUCAUAGGAGAAAACAAUAAUCAGUGAGUGUGUUCAACUCUAAUUAUCAAAAAAAAAAAUAAAUAAAUAGAUUUUAGACGUAACGGUAAAGAGGAAAAGUAUGUAAAACCAAAAACAUUAUAUUAA